CAGAACGUUCUUUUCCCAAAAUUCUACAUGGUAUCAGAGCCAACCGCGUAAAUCGUGUAACCUAGCCGCUGCCUCUCUCGUUCUCCGUCUUCGUCUCAGCGCAAAGAACGCUGUUUUUCUGCUUCUUCUUUCGACACAAUGGCAGACAACACAAGCAAGAAGACUCCAACUCUACCAAUUCAUGAUCCGUCUUCACCAUAUUAUCUUCAUCCGUCUGAAGGCCCAGGUAAUUCCCUCACCAAAUAUCUCUUGCGUGGGAAAAAUUUUGACACGUGGGAGAAGGCGAUUUGUAAUGCGUUAAAGGGCCGUGGAAAAGCCAAAUUUCUGACCGCCGAAGGCAUGCCUAAACCGAAUGAGGAACAAGAACUUUCGGCAUGGGAGUCCAAUAAUUCGACUAUUUGUUCUUGGAUUUUGAACAGUGUGGAUGAAUAUGUUCAACCUAGCAUCGUUUCUCAUUGUGUUGCUCCUGAAUUAUGGUCGGAUUUGAAAUCACGUUAUGUGGGUUCCAACGGACUGCGGAUUCAUCAAUUGAAGACCGAGAUGCAAAAUUUGCGUCAAAAGGGGCAGUCUGUGGUGGUUUAUUACAACCAGUUCAUCACUCUCCGGAAUCAAUUAUAUGGGGGAAGAGACCCGACAAGGGGCUGCCGGUGUGGAGCAGCCGCGCUACUUCGUGAUGACGUCAAGAAAGAGAAGACCCAUACGUUUUUGCUCGGGUUGGACGACGAGCAAUAUGGGGGAAUUCGGUCUCAAACUCUUGGGACGGACCCUAUUCCUGAUAUCAACAGAGCCUACUCUUUGAUCACCCAGGAAGAAUGUCACCGUUCUAUUGUUCGUGCCAGGGAUGAUCGUACGGAUGCCAUGGCGUUCGCUGACCGUUUUUCGAGAAUGGAGAUUGGAUGGGGUAACGCCAAUAAUGGAGUCUAUGUCCUAAGUUCGUCACUGUUUGCUUCAGCAUCGUGCGUCGAUCAAGAUACUCUUCUGUUGGAAUGCAUGAGUUCAACCCUUUCUGUGUUGUUUAGUGUUGACUCACAGAAUGGAGAUAGCUUGCCAAUGAAGAAGAUAGGCGAUACACUCAUCCCGAAGAACGAGGAUGAAUAUGAUGAAGCCGAUCUUAAGAAGGCUCAAUUAAAUGCCACCGCCAUCAACUUCUUGUAUUGUGCUGUCAACGCCAACGAUUAUCAAAAGAUAUCUCGUUGUCAAACCGCCAAUCAAAUGUGGAACAAGCUCAUGAUCACAUACGAAGGUACGCCUCAAGUGCGUGAAUCAAAAAUUGAUUUAUUAACCCAUGAAUAUGAGUUAUUUGCUAUGAAAGAGAACGAACUUGUGGAGGACAUGUUUGGAAGAUUUUCAAACAUCGUCAACGACCUUGAUAUGCUUGGAAAGACACUCACCGACAAAGAGUUAGUGAGGAAAAUCCUGCGAAGUCUUACCAAGGAAUGGGAGUCAAAGGUUAACUCCAUCUACGAAGGCCGAGAUUACAACGUUAUCACAUACGACGGUCUCCGAGGUAACCUUAUCACUUACGAAACAAAUCAUCUUUCUCAUACGCUUGACGUUAAGAAAAGAACUGGAAUUGCUUUUAAAGCAUCUUCUUCUCAAAAAGUAGAGAUCGAUGAUUCGGAUUCGGAUAGUGAUAGUGAUUCUAGUACUUCUUGUGAUAUUUUGGUUGAAUGUUUUAAUGAGUUUAUGAAACAUGAGCUUAAUAAGAGCAAGAGGAAAAACACCCCAAGGUGUCACACGUGCGGAAAGCUUGGCCACCGUAAAUUUGAGUGCCCGAAGCUCAAGAAAAUGAGCAAACAAGAUGAAUUUGCAUAUUUUUCGUGGAGUUAUGAUCAACCUUCCAAAGACGAUUCCCUCAUCGGCGUUGAAGAACAAGAUGGGUGGUCGGGCACAUGACGCACUUGAAAGGUGUGCUUGAAGACUACAAAUUUGUAGUGGAUGCUCCAAGCACUUAGCCAAAGAGAUUACAUCAAAAGGGAGUAAAUUCUUCUUUUUUUAAUUAAAUGUUAUCUUUGAGACUUAUAUGAAUUUUUUUUUGGGGAAUAUACAUAGGACAUUUGC